AUGGGGAAGCUUGUAGUGUGCUUGUUCUACGUGUCCCUUACAGUCGUCGUAGGCUUUGUGAGUGGACAGCCGAUAACCUCAUGCAGUCAGACCCCGUAUCCAGAUGUCUGCAGCUCUGUUCUCAGUUCUGCUUCCCUUGCUGCCGAGGGCAAGACGACGUUCAGCUUUGCCCAGCUUAGCCUGCGCGCGGCCAUGCAACGAGCAAAGCUGAUUCGUACCCAGGCCUCGGCCGUUGAUCUUCAAAAGCUAGAUCCGCGGAGCAGGGCAGCCUGGCAGGAUUGCCUGGAGCUCUCUGAUCAGACAAUCAGCCACCUUAACCGGUUGGUGGGUUCAACGACGACGACGCCCUCCGACGACGAGCUGACAUGGCUGAGCGCCACCAUCGCCGACCACCAGACCUGCCUGAACGGGUUCCAGGACUUUGACCUGGGGUCUCGCUUGGCGUCCUCGCCUUUCGCUUCGAGCAACAUCUCGCAGAUGCUCAGCAACUCGCUCGCCGUGACCAAGUCGAAUGUCAUCACUAAUCUUGGCGGCGGUAGCCGGCGGCUGCUCUCGCAGGGAUUCCCUACUUGGGUCUCCGCUGCCGAUCGGAAGCUACUCCAGAGCUCGUCGGUGAAGGCUGACGUUGUGGUGGCGAAGGACGGCUCUGGGAAUUACAAGACGAUCUCGGAGGCGGUGGCGGCCGCCUCGAAGCGGAGCGGCAGCGGCAGAUUCGUCAUCCAGGUGAAAGCCGGGGUUUACAGCGAGAACGUACAGAUCACGGGGAAGAAUAUCAUGCUCGUCGGCGACGGGAUCGAUCAAACCGUCGUCACGGGGAACAAGAAUGUCCAAGAUGGCUCCACGACUUUCCAAUCGGCGACCGUUGGUAAGUUAUAUCUCUUCCUCAAGAAUUCCUUGCGUAAUAUUUAUUUAAAAUUUAUUCAUCAAAAUAGCACACAUAAAAAGAAUAUUGCUAUUGAGAGUUAUCCUAACAUAACAAAAAGCAUAGACUACCGUACCUGGAGCUAGAUUAUCUGCUAGUCUUAGCAGAUAAUCUGUAAGUAUAUUAGGUUACCAAGAACGUCUAAACUCACUGGGUCAACCAAUAACCCACAAAGUCUAAUACUUUGGAUGGGAUCUCAGCAGCAUCACGGCUGGACAAAGAGGUUUUUAAAGGCUUUAAACGACGAAUGAUAUCGCCAUGUGAGUGGAUAGAUUGUCUGAGAAAUAAAUAUGAAGAAGCUUUCGUAACAGAUGUAAUAAUAUAUAUUAUUCAUCCUUCCAUUACGGGUAUUGUGAAGCGUGAGACGGCAAGAAACCCGUGGCAUCUUCUUUUUUUUUUCUGCUAGACUAAACCAGUCGAAUGUUUGUGUUCAUCUUCGGGGCUGACGUCACUUACUUUAUCUCUUCCUCCUCUCAGCGGCCGUCGGCGAUGGGUUCAUCGCGAGGGACAUCACCUUCCAGAACACGGCGGGGGCGGCGAAGCACCAGGCGGUGGCUUUCCGCUCCGGCGCGGACCUCUCCGUCUUCUACCGCUGCAGCUUCAAGGGCUAUCAGGACACGCUCUACGUGCACUCCCAGCGCCAGUUCUACCGCGACUGCGACAUCUACGGCACCGUCGACUUCAUCUUCGGCGACGCUGUGACAGUCCUCCAGAACUGCAACAUCUUCGUGCGGAAGCCGAUGAGCAACCAGAAGAAUACCAUCACGGCGCAGGGCCGAUCGGACCCCAACGAGAACACUGGCAUCUCCAUCCACAACUCGAGGGUGACGGCGGCAUCGGACCUGAAGCCGGUGCAGGGUUCCUUCAAGACCUUCCUCGGCCGGCCAUGGAAGCAGUACUCGCGCACCGUGUUCAUGAAAAGCACCCUGGACGGGCUCAUCGACCCGGCGGGGUGGCUCGAGUGGAGCGGGAGCUUCGCCCUGAAGACGCUCUACUACGGAGAGUACCAGAACACCGGCGCCGGCGCCGGCACCAGCGGCCGCGUGAAGUGGGGCGGGUACCGCGUGAUCACCAGCGCGACGGAGGCCGGGAAGUUCACCGUGGGAAGCUUCUUGGGGGGCAGCUCAUGGAUUCCGGCCACCGGGGUCCCUUUUACCUCCGGGCUUUAA